AUGGAGGUAGAAGCAGAGGCGGAUUUGGAAGCUGAAGUGGAGGCAGCAGCGGAUACGGAGGAUAAAGCGGAAAAGCAGAGACGUAUUCCUAGAAGCAUUAAAUGCCUUACUGAAGGCCAAACUAUGAAGUAUAAAUACUUGGCCGACGUCGACAGUGCCACACAUGAAAAUAUCUCUUCUGCAAUAGAGGAAGAUAAACUCACUGCAACCAUGAUAAUUCAGCGUCCAGUGGUGAUAUUGGCAGUCACGAUGGCCCUUGUGUCGAUGGCAGUGGCCGGAGGUAGAGGCCGAUAUGGUGGCGGCGGUGGAGGAGGUGGAGGUGGAGGCGGCGGUGGCGGUAGCUACGGUGGUGGAAACGGAGGCGGUUUAAGUGGAGGAAGUGGAGGCGGUUUUGGGGGUAGUCAUGAAGGUGUGAGCGGAAGCGGAUUUGGAGGCGGAAGCGGAUACGGAGGAUAA